GUUCACGAAUCACGAAACAAAACGUCAAAUUAAUGUCAAACGUCACAUUUAAGAGGUUAUGUUGAUAUAAAACAUAAUUUCGUUUUAUUUCCUCCUAAAUAACAGAAAAUAUUAACAUGUCGUUGUUAAGAACAUUUGUAUCGCGAUACGUUUUACCGAACACAUACCGAACGACAGCAAGGUUCUCAUCCACGGAUACAAAACUAUCUUCAAAUGAUGACGAACCAGUAGCAAUGCCAAACCCUUACAAGAAGGAACGUCGUCAAUGUAUUCUUUGCAAGCUGAAUAUCAAACCAGACUACAAGAACUAUAGACUAUUGUCCCAAUUCCAGAGUCCAUACACUGGUCGCAUCUACGGAAGGCAUAUAACUGGCUUAUGCAAAACUAAACAAGAACAGGUCGAAAGUGAGAUCAAAAAGGCCCAAAACUGCGCCUAUAUGCCUUACUAUUAUAAGGACAAGACCUUCCUAAAGGACCCUAAGCUCUUUGACCCUGAGAACCCCAUUAGAUCCCAUAGAUUUUAAUUUGUAGUUGUAGUGUGUGUAGUUAUGUUGUAAA